AUGGGUCUGGACUUUGCGCAGCUGCUGGUAGGGACUCUGCCCUCGGAGGGUCCUGCCCAGUGCGGGUGUCCUUGUUCACCUGCAGCAGCCAUGGGACGGUCUGCCAGGAUGAUCGGUGGCUGGAGCUUCACAUCCCAUGGUACCUGCUCAACCUCUGGACGGGCUGAGACCACAGAUCGCCAGCAGGAGAAGAGUGAGGCCGUCCUGACGCCACGGAGACGCGACAGGUGGACGCUCCCGGUGCAGGGAACCAUCUUCCCAGCUCCCAAUUUCAACCCCAUGAUGGACGCCCAAAUGCUGGGGGAAGCACUCCAGGGAUUUGGCUGCGACAAGGACCUGCUGAUCGACAUCCUGACCCAGCGCUGCAACGCGCAGAGGCUGGUGAUCGCGGAGGCCUACCUGAGCACCUUCGGCCGGGACCUGGUUAGUGACCUGAAGGAGAAGCUUUCCAAUCACUUCAAGGAAGUCAUGGUGGGCCUCAUGUACCCACCGCCCUCCUACGAUGCCCAUGAGCUCUGGCACGCCAUGAAGGGAGCAGGCACUGAUGAGAAUUGCCUCAUUGAUAUAUUAGCUUCAAGAACAAACGGAGAAAUUUUCCAGAUGCGAGAAGCCUACUAUUUGCAAUACAGCCGGGACCUGCAGGAGGACAUUUACUCAGAGACCUCGGGACACUUCAGAGAUACGCUGGUGAACUUGGUCCAGGGAACCAGGGAAGAAGGGUACACGGACCCUGCCACGGCUGCCCAGGACGCCAUGGUGCUGUGGGAGAGCUGCCAGAAGAGGACAGGGGAGCACAAAACGCUUUUGCAAAUGAUCCUGUGUAACAAGAGCUACCAGCAGCUAUGGCUGGUUUUCCAGGAAUUUCAAACUAUUUCUGGGCAAGACAUAGUAGAUGCCAUUAAUGAAUGUUACGAUGGAUCCUUUCAAGAGUUGCUGGUUGCAAUUGUUCUCUGUGUUCGAGACAAACCCGGCUAUUUUGCUUACAGAUUAUACAGUGCAAUCCAUGACUUUGGUUUCCAUAAUAAAACCGUGAUCAGGAUUCUCAUUGCCAGAAGUGAAAUAGACCUGAUGACCAUAAGGAAACGAUACAAAGAGAGAUACGGGAAGUCCCUCUUCCAUGACAUCAAACAUUUCGCUUCGGGGCAUUACGAGAAGGCUCUGCUUGCCAUCUGUGCCGGUGAUGCUGACGAUUACUAA